UGUUGAUUAGUUGAUUGCAGAUUCUGUUGCACCUCAUCGAUGUGCUUAGGGGUUCUAUAGUAGUAGUAUUUUAUGGUCCGUCACCAGUGUUAUAUUUCUAUUAUCACGACUGUCAUCGUCCUGUUAGUAGUGUUUAGGGAAACAACCAUUAAAUGCAAUGCAUAGUUGCAUGAAAUGCACGCAAUUACAAUGAUUUGCUGUUACUGAUGUUGCUAGUAUUAGAUUUCCUUGUAACCGGCGAAGUGACACAAGCCGAACAUGGCCACUGUUAAAGUAACCGAGCAAAAAGUUAUUCUGUGCGGGGAAUACGGUGUUGGAAAAACGUCUAUAUUUAGGCGUUUCGCGAACAAUACUUUUGUAACAAGUAACGAUCGUAAAUCAACACUUGGCCUCGAUAAUAUCGACAAAGAAUAUGUUGUCGAAGACAGACGAAUACGACUGCAAUUAUGGGACACGGGUGGUAUGGAAAGAGUAGCAUCAGUAACAUCAAGCUACUACAAAUUUGCAGAAGCUGCUAUUUUAGUUUUUGCAUUAGACAAUUCAAGUUCUUUUCACCUUUUAUCUCAGCAUUUGCUUGACAUUGUUACAUAUGCUGAGAAUGCAAAGAUAUUCCUUUGUGGAAAUAAAAGUGACUUGGAAAGCACAGCCCCACAAGUUACCGAUGCAGAAAUGGAGCAGUUCUGUGAACAAUGUCAUAAUUUAAUAUCUGGUAUAUACAAAACAUCAUGUAAAACUGGGGAAGGAAUACAUGAAAUGUUUGAAGAUAUAGCACAACAUCUGGUUGAAGCUAACAGGUCACGUAUGGAAUUACACGAAAUGGAUAAAGAUAGGUUUAAAAUUUCGUAUAUUGAUGAAGCCACUGAUCCAUCAUGUUUGUGCUAAAUAUUGAACAUUAGCAAGUGUGAAUGAAGUAACUUUUUUAUAACUUGGAAAAGCUCAACACACAGCAAUAAAGUGUGAAGAGUAAAGGUAUCUUUUUAUAUGAAAUACUAAUCAUAAGAAACUUUCCUAUGAGGGAAAAUACUGUGAGGAGAAAAGAGGGAAUAUUAAUGUGAAAUUUAUAUACAAUUAUAAUCGAACUUAAAAUUUCCCGAAAGUAAAGAAUUUCAAAUAAAAAUUUAUUACAUACUGAA